AUCGAGGUUGUCCGGCAGCUUUGGUAGUUUAAAAAUUCAGGAGAAUAUUCGGUCAUCAUGGCUAGAGUGUUCUCAGUGGUUUUUUGCAUUGCCCUCAUUGUCGCUAUAUGUUCUGCGCAAGUUCCUACAUAUCUGAAAAUAUGUGGGAGAAGAGAUCCAGAUCUCAGCAAUUGCGUGAAGACCAGCGUGGAAGGACUUCGGAAUAAACUCCGCAGUGGCAUAAGAGAACUUCAAAUACCUUCAAUGGAACCUCUGGAGAUCGAUGAAGAUAUCAUAAUUGCAAAUUCUCAGGCUUUCCGAGCUCACACUCGAAAUACAAAAGUCUUUGGCGUAUCUGAUUUUAAUCUGACGAGAGUCAAUGUCAAUUUGAAUACCAUGUCAUUGGAAAUUGAUACUGCUUUCGACAAACUCAAAUUCCAAAGUGAUUAUGAUAUCACGGCUCGAAUUCUUGUGCCAAUCAGCGCGGGAGGACCAAUUGAAAUUGAUGCAGAGGAUAUCACCGCCAAACUCGUCUUGAAAUUCAAAUACCUCCAGCAUAAGGGGAAGCAGCACAUAUUCUUCACUUCUACAACUUGUAAACUCACAAUUCGUGAUUACGAAUCACACUUCAUCCCCAGAGCCGGCCAAGACCAAACAUUUUCCGAAGCCAUCAACAAUGUAUUGAACUCCAGCAAAUCAGAAAUAAUUGCUAGCAUAAGCACGGGUUUAGAACGAGGUGUUGCCAAAAAAAUCAUCCACGUGGCUAAUCUAAUGACUGCGAGAUUCGAUUUCGAUGAAUUACUUCCAGAUCCUUCUUAUGUCAAGAUUUGUGGUCGUAAAAAUCCAAAGCUAAAUGAGUGCAUCAAGGAUGCGGUUGAGUCUCUUCGCCAGAAACUUCGUGAGGGCAUGCCAGAAUUUGGAAUUCAAUCAACGGAGCCAUUGGAGAUUCCAGCAGGACUCAAUAUCGCUGAGUCCGAUGCCUUUCGUGCUACAGCGAGAAAUGUUAAAAUUUACGGUAUCUCCGACUUCGAGAUAAAAAAGCAUAACCUCAACCUUGAAAAAAAGACUUUGGAUAUUGACCUAUAUUUUAAGAAACUCCGAUUCGAAGGUGACUACAACGUGAGUGCCAGGAUCAUCGUGCCAAUUAAUGCUAUUGGACCCAUUGAAAUUAAUGCUAAGGAUAUUUCGGCGGAAGCUUCGCUGACAUUCGAUUUCAAGAACAGAAAAGACGGCCCACACAUGAUGUUUACAUCGAUGAAGUGCAAAAUUAUAAUCGGCGAUUAUGAAUCUCGUUACAUCCCUACAGAAGGCCAAGACCCAACACUGGCUGAAGCUGUUAAUAGUGUUCUGAAUGGUAGCAAGAAAGAGAUUAUCAGCAGUAUCACUUCCAGUGUUGAGAAGGCAACUUCAGAAAAAGUCCUUGAUACAGCAAAUAAAGUCACUUCAUACAUUAGCGUUUGCGGGCGAAAAGAUGCAAAUUUGAAUGAAUGCGUGAGAAAGAGCGUGGAGGCACUCCGAGGAAAAAUACGUGAAGGAAUUCCAGAGUUGGAUGUGCCAUCAGUUGAACCUUUCUUCUUACCAGAAGGAUUGCCACUAGCUGAUUCUCCUGAAAUCAAGGCUUACGCUCGUAAUGUUAAGCUCUAUGGCAUUCCGACUUUUAUCCUCGAUAAACUCAAUGUUGAUCUCGAUAAGAAGCAGAUCGAUAUCCAAGUGCAUUUUGAGAAACUCAAGCUUCAAGGAGAUUACGACGUCUCGGCCAAAAUUGUCGUGCCGGUUAAUGCUAAAGGACCCGUCGAAAUCGACACAGCGGAUGUCAGCGGCCAAGCAGUUCUUAAAUACGAAAUAGUCAACACGAAGAAAGGCCAACGUCUUUUCUUCAACUCAAUGUCUUUGAAACUUGGCAUCAAAGAUUACAUUUCGAAAUUUGUGGCAAGUGAAGGUCCGGAUGUGACAUUCAGCGAGGCCAUUAAUGCUGUACUCAACACGAAUCGUCAAGAAAUCAUUGCUGGAAUCCAACCAAGUCUGGAGAAGUCAAUAUCAGCAAAAAUUCUAGAACUCGCCAAUAAAAUAUGCAAAAACUUCACUUUCGACGAACUAUUCCCUGAUCGUGAAUAAAUUUCAGUAUUAUGUCUUGUGCGUCGAUGAUUACUCGUUUUAAAUCCAAAUUUUCAAUGAAAACUUAAUGAAAAUUCUCAUGUAAAUACUGUAUAGAAUGAAGAAAAAUAAAAACU